AUGGCGCAUGCAAUGCCAGGGCAUAUUUCCUUCAAUCCGUGCCGGCACGCCCGUGGGUCGUCGUUUGCCGGCGCAUCCUCGAGCCGCCGCCGCUCGCCCGAUACGCCCGCCCCCACCCGAUUCGCAGAUUUCCCGGAGCUCCUUCCACCGCGGCUGCCGACGAGGACCUACCUCGGCGUCCGACGGCGCUCAUGCGGGACGUGGGUGCAGGAGAUCACCAACCGGGAGACCCACCAAAUGAAGUGGGUCGGGUCGUUCCACACGGUGGAGCUCACGGCCAAGGAGUACAACCGGUGCCAAGUUUGGUACCAUGGCGCCGCUGCCCAGCUGAACUUCCUGUUCGGGACGGCGCCGGUCCAUAUGGUCCCACCGGAGCCGGGGGUGGUGAGCGCGGCGAUGGCGCGGGAGGACUGA